CCCGCCAGCUACCCACGCGUUAGGCUGUCGGACUUGCACAGGAACACCCGCUCGAGCUUGUGACCAGCGUCCACCACAACCCCCGACGGCGACCACGACUUCGGGAGGGUACACCCAGCACCGAUACAGCGUAAACUAUACCGUGACAGAUAUAGGAACAUGCAUACCGUACGGCGGACAAUCUGCUCGAUCCCGUCCAGGACCGUGUUGCGAGGAUACCCGGCACGGAAAGCCACCGGAACGCUCCUGAGGGCAAGUCUACCCCAUGGGCACUGGCAAGCCCCGCUAGCGCAGUCAUGCGGGGUUGAUCGUAGUGCAUACAGCACCGCAGCCCCGGAGGAGGUAGUUCCGAAGAAGAAGAAGGUAUGGGAUUCGGUGGACGCGGCGGUCGGGGACGUCAAGUCGGGGGAUAUCGUUCUAAGUGGAGGCUUUGGACUAUGUGGUACUCCUGACACUUUGAUCGAAGCACUUUCCAAGAAGAAGGACACGAUCAAGGACCUGACCGUCGUCUCGAACAAUGUGGGGUCUGGAGAGAAGGGGCUCGGCAAGCUGCUGUAUACCGGUCAGAUUGGCAAGGUCAUGGCGUCGUACAUUGGGGGGAACAAGCACUUCGAGGGCCUCUACCUUGACGGCAAAAUCUCGCUCGAACUCAUCCCCCAAGGGACGCUGGUGGGGAGGCUGCACGCGCACGCAUCGGGCUUCCCAGCGAUAUGGACGCCCACAGGUGCCUCAACGGCAGUCGAGGAGGGCUCCAUUCCCCUCCGUCUGAAGGAGGGCGGGCACAAGGCCGGUGUCGCCAUCCCGGGUAACAAGAAGGAGGCGCGAGAGUUCAACGGCCGUCGUUUCAUCCUCGAGCCUGCUAUCGCCGGCGAUGUCGCCCUCGUGCGGGCGUGGAAGGUCGACGAGGUCGGGAAUUGUGUGUUCAGAUAUACUGCGAACAACUUCUCCACCACCAUGGCGAAGAACGCGAAGCUGACCAUCGUGGAGGCGGAGGAGAUCGUCCCUGUUGGCUCGCUUUCGCCGAACGCCAUUCACUUGCCGGGUAUAUAUGUCGAUCGCAUUGUGAAGGCGACGGCGCCCAAACAAAUCGAAAUCCUGACCUUGGCGCGUGACUCCUCUCCCGCAGAGGAGACGUCGUCGGACCCUGCUAAGCAGGCGGCGCUCGCGGUGAGGAACAAGAUUGCAAAACGUGCAGCGAAGGAGCUCAAGGACGGCUUCUACGUUAAUCUCGGUAUUGGGAUGCCCACACUGGUCCCCGAGUUCCUCCCGCCAGGUGUCAAGGUCUGGUUGCAGAGCGAGAAUGGUGUCCUCGGUAUGGGUCCGUACCCCACCAAAGACCAAGUCGACGCGGACAUCAUCAAUGCCGGAAAGGAGACUGUGACCCUCCUUCCUGGUUCGGCGGUGUUUGAUUCGUAUGAGUCGUUUGCGAUGAUCCGUGGUGGGCACAUAGACGUCGCUAUUCUUGGCGCGAUGCAAGUGUCGGCGAAGGGUGACAUUGCAAACUUCAUGAUCCCGGGCAAGCUUGUGAAGGGUAUCGGUGGUGCGAUGGACCUCGUGUCGAACCCGGACAAGACUAGGGUCAUCGUGGUCAUGGAGCAUUGCGCGAAGGAUGGCAGCCCGAAGAUAUUGAACGAGUGUUCGCUCCCGCUCACGGGUGCACGCACUGUCAGCCAGAUCAUCACGGAGCUUGCGGUAUUCGACGUCGACCGGAAGGCGGGCACAUUGAUUCUAUCGGAGCUGCAGGAGGGGGUGACACUGGACGAGGUGAAGGCUAAGACGGGGGCAGAUUUCCAAGUUUCGCCCAACCUCGGCACGGCUUGAGCCGUGUUACUCAAGCUUGGUGUACUCAUCUGUAACACAUACUUAUUGUUCGUUGGCUUUCUACAUAUCACCAUCCCGGCCACGCCCUGGCGUUUGCCUUUCUC